UAUGUCGUUGCAAUAUAGCCCAACAAUUAAUUAGAUAUUGAAUGGCUUCUAAAGAACAGGAUUAUAUUAAGGAUAAGCUUAUUAAAAAGAAUAAUUGUUUUCAGCACUUGACAAGCUUGUAAGUUUAGAGAUUAUAGUAUAGACUGGAUCAUUAUAUGAUCGGGAUGUUGCUUAACAAUUGUUUGAACAAUGCUCACCAAAUCAGAGAGGCUAAGUCUAGUUAGAAGAUUUUGCAUAAGUUAUUAUAGAAGCAGACAAAGUGCUUUAGAAAAAAAUACAUCAAACAGAAUAGCAAAUGUUAUAGUAUAGAGAAGAAUUAAAAGAAUGUCAACAAUUAGCAUAAGAGUUACAAUGUAUUAGAUAUUAAUAUAUUAGAUAAUUAAAAACUUAAUCCAUAGGGAGUAGAUAGAGACUCUCAAUUAAUAAUAGUGAUUAAAUAGGCUCAUAAUAUUUAAUAUUCUGAUUAUCAAUAUAGUUUUGUUAUUAUAUCUUUGGAUGGUGUUGAAGUAUAGACCCAAAUGUCAACAGGAGAUAAAUAUAAUCCGAAUUUUAAUUAACAACUAAAUUUGUAUAAUUUAAUUUAAUAUUAAGUCAAAUUUAAACUGGUUCUGAAGAGAUUUUAAUAAAAUUAUUUGUAUAAGAUAGAAAUCAAAGAAGAAUAUUAAUUGGUUAAAGUCAUUUAGAUUUGGGUGAAAUGCAUGAUCAAUAAGUUCAUUCUUAACAAUUAUAAUUGGUUAAUGAGAGAUAACAACAAUUACAAACAUAUUUAUAAAUUGAAUCAUAAUGGAUUCAUAAUAAAGUAUAUAGAAUAUUAUGAUUAUCAUUAGUUAAAAUAUCAUUAAGAGAUGAUUCUUAAAUAUGAACAAACUAUUUAAUAAAGUUAAAUUGAUAUUGAUGAUUAUUAAAGAGAUUUAUUAAUAGUUCAAUAACCAUUUUUGGAGAAUAAUCUUAGAAAUAAUUUAUAAUAAUCAUUAAAGUAACCUUAAAACAAUUCUUUGCCAUAAUAAAAUCAAGCUUUUCUCUAUUAAUAACAAUCGAAUUUUAUUCAAUAAUAGAAGCCAUAUUAAAUGUAACCUCAACAAUAAUAAAAUAUCUAAAUUCAUAAACCUGAUCCUAAUACUGUAGAAGAAGAAUUAUCAGAUGAAUUAUAUUAUGGAUUUAUUUUAUAUAUGUUAAUGUUGCUUUUGGCUUUAUUUUAGUGUUUUGCUCGUCCAGAUUAUUUAGAUGUAAGAAUAUCAAUAUAAUAAGUUAAUCCUAGCAAUGUUAUAUAUAAUAAUUGUAUGUAGAGACUGUUUCGAACCUAACUAUAUAAAAAUUGUAGGUGUUUUAACUAUAUUAAGUGUUAUUUAUGAUAUUGUAUGGAUUAGUAUAUACAAAGUAUAAUUUGAUUAAAUUUUAGAAUUGGUGGAGUGGUACUGAUAAAACUCUACCUACUUGGGGAGAGGCAGGUGAUCCAAUUGUUAGAAUGACACUAGUUUUUUGUGUUUUUAACAUAAUUUUGAAGGUUCUAGUUAUAUUAUAUAUUAUUAGACUGCUUUAUGUUAUAUUUUGUUCCAUUAUUACAAGGAAUCUGAACAGAAUAAAUAGAUAGUAUUUAAGUUUUGGCAAUUUGAAUUUCCAGUUGGAGUGCAUAAACAAAAUUUAUUUACCUUAAACGGGCUUUUAGUGUGAUUAUAACAAAUAAAAUGUUUUUUUCAUGAUUUAUUAUAACUUUUGGCAAAAAUUAAUAUAUUUGUUAGUAUAAGAUGGUUAUCAAUUAUUUGAAGGUUGAAUUAUAUUAAGUUGAGAAUUUACUUAAAAUAAUAAUUAAUGUUUUUAAAAUAUUUGCCACCUGUGUUAUUCUCAAUAUUUUUUGUUGGGAUGUGCUCAUUCUAUUAUAUUGUAUGUAUAUUAUCUUAUAGACAUACUUGUCAAUGCAAGAAGUGUACAUAUAGUUUAUAGUUGGAUGUGUUGUCCUUUUUAUAGUAUUGAGUGCAAUCUAAGUAAUUCGUUUUGGUCCUGGAUAUGUUGAUUAAGUAUAUAUAAAUUGAAGUCGAGAGCAUAAAAGAAGAGUUAGAAACUUAGUUAUUUAAUGAAUUACAAGAAGAGCUAAAGUUAUUGAUGAUGAGUGAAGAUAAGAUGCUUGACUUUUUAGAUUAGAAUUAAUGCAUUUAACCAUUAACAGAAGAAUAAUUGAUACAUAUGCUAAACAUUAAGGUCUUAGAGAACAAGGGGAUUAAAAUAUGUAAGACUUGCUAAUCAUACAAACCAUUAAGAGCGCAUCACUGUAGUUAAUGCAAAUAAUGUGUAUUUAGAAUGGAUCAUCAUUGUAUGUGGCUAAACAUUUGCAUAGGUAUAAAGAACUACAAAUACUUUAUGAUGUUGAUAUUCUAUAUAAGUAAAAUUCAUAUCAUGAAUUUAGAUGUAUGUCUUAUAUUAGUUUUGAUUACAUAUUUCAAUACUUACAUCUAAGCUAUUGAGGAGAAUGAUUUUCAAUUAUUAAUCAAGUUCACAUAUUAUCAUGGUAUAUUAAUACUAUUCAUUUUAUUUUCUCCUUUAUUCUUACAUCAUGUAAGGUAAAUUUUGAUUAUUAUUCUUAGAUUGGCUAGCAAUAAUCAAACGACUAUUGAAUUUUAUGAGAAGAAAUAAAAGACUAAUCCUUUUUACAUAAAUAUUUGGGAUAAUUUGAAAGAAAUUUUAGGCCCUGAAUGGUAUUAUUGGUUAUUGCCAAUUUGAA